AUGGCCUCCGAAUAUCGACCACUCUCAAAAUUCACGGGUCCACGCGACGCUGUCGUCUCUCUCGCCUUCUCAGCAAAAGGCAGAUUCCUUGCAGCUGCAGGCUAUAGUGGUGUAUACGUCUGGGAUCUAUCCACCAGCGCAUCCACACCUCUUCCCCACAUGCUCUUCGCACCUCAAAAUCCAAAAUACGUUAUAACCGCAGCGGUGUGGGUGUAUUUCCACAAGAACAAUCGGCACAUUCUACUGCUGGGGUCCAUGCGAGGGGAUGUCAUACUCUGGAAUUGGACCGAAGAGAGCCAGUCAUUCAACUUGCUCUAUAGGGUUCCUCCUAUGAAUGACAUUCAAGACGAAAUCCUAUCAAUGGAUGUUCACGAGCAAGAGAUUGCCUCUGGGAGGAUCGGAAGGGUAGUGGUUGCAACUGCCAAUCGAUGCAUCAAUGUUUGGACAUUAUCGUCGUCUGGCGAGUUUUCAAAAGUAUUCUCUACCAUUCUGGACGAUAAUCUCAAACCAAAAACUGUUCGAAUGUGCAAGAAGACUAGGGACAUAUUUGUCUUUCCUCUAUAUGGUGGUGAAAUACUUCGUCUUGAUUACAAAAGUGGAGCAGUAAAGAGCCGUAAAUCCCCUGGUCCUGGAAGAAUGGGUUCUGUCUCUCUGAACUACACCGCUGACAAGUUUGUUGCGUAUACUGGCAAGAAUUUUCAACUUUACCGCCUCUCCAACCUCGAAAUUUUGAAGACGUUCAUUGCUGAAGCACCGCUGGUCUUUUUUCCUAAGCAAGUUGCGUUUGGGGAGUCUGAGACCAUUGUUGUAGGAGGGACGGAUCGCGGGUUUGCAUUAGUGUAUGAUGUGGAAUCGGAAGAAAUGGUCCAGAAGUUGAGCUAUCCUCGUGGUAACCUUGUCCAACCAGUUGCGACCUUUACCCUUCCUGGACGACACCUCAUUGCGAUUGCGGGAUCAACCCAAGAACAGCCUUCUGAUGUUGUGCUUUUUGAAAAGACUAUCCCCGAGGUCCCUUUAGUACUGCACUCGGAGGUCAUGCAGGAUGAACCCACUGCUCGGACUGUCCCCACGGCAGGUUUCGUUCACGUCGGAUUCUACAUACCCAAGAAGGCCUUGAAUUGGUUCUGGAUUGUCGCUCUACUACUCUCCAUCUCCUUUGCAUCUUACUGUACCAUCCCCCAAUAUAUACAGCAGGUUUGCACUCGUUUAGCUAAUCUCUAA